AUGUCUUUACGUCGUUCGCUGCGUGCCCGCAAUGGGCGAGACGAUCCACUAGAACCCGAUUCUAAUGCACCUGUUAGGUCGACAAGACGGAGCCGUGCGGUUUCAUCUACGUCAGUAACUAUAUCGCGGUCUUCUGCAGAACAGACGGGAGACUCGCCCAAAUCGAUUCGCCUGACGGUGAAGAUGCCUUCAAAUAAGCUACGCGAGGCCACGGGUGGAAGCUCCCGAGGGGGCGCAUCCACAAAACGCUCCGUGAAUGUCUUUACAGAAAACCCCAUCGUCAGUGGGCCACGGACCAGUCGUCCCAACAAGAGACUCGUUGAAGUCAAUACGAGCGACGAAGAGGACCUGAGUGACCAGGAAGAAGAUGAAAUCGAUGAAGAUGCCCCGGGCGACGAAGACGAAGACGUAGAUGCCGACGGCGAUCUCGACAUGGACGAUGCCCCGCCGCAGCCACCAGUAUCAAAACGACAUGCAAAGGCUUCGGCUCCGGCCGGAAAGUCGGUCAAGGGCGUGGAAGCGAAAGAGAUGGAGUUGAACGACGACGAAGAUGAAGAUGACGACGAGGAGCUUUCCGAACCGGACUCGGACGCCGAGGGCGAAGCCGAUGAGCAGGACGAGAGCGCGGUGAAAGCAGGGGACGAGGAGCUGGGCGAUGAAGAAGACGAAGAGGAUCUAGAACUUGAUAGCGACGACGCCGCGACCGGUGACCCGAACAAGAUGACGAAACGCCAACGAGGCUCCUUGGGGAACGAUUUCCUUCAACUUCCAAUGGAACCGCAGGUGAAAAAGCAUCUGACUGCCGAAGAGCGUGCCAUGCGCCGUACGGAGAUGGCUCGCCGGAGGAAGAACCUGAGCGAAAAGCGUAACGAGGAAGAGAAGAUGGACACUAUCAACCGGCUUCUCCGCAAGCAGGCUCCGAAACGGCGAGGUCGAAUUCCCGCCGCGGAGGCGGCAGAGGCGGCGUCGGGAGACCAGGAGACGCAAGAGGUCGAGAAAGUCGAUCCUAUCUUCGCCAGAUGGGUCAGCGGCCGCGACGGCAGCAGACUCGGCGUGCCAAACGAAUGGCUUGACACACCGGCAGGUCGUCCUUUCGGAAACCAUGGACCCCGAAAGUUAGUGGAAGAGGUGUAA